UGAUUUCGUGUUUGUGUUUUACCGUGAGGAGGGGAGCUGCUUAACUUUAAGUGAAACCAUACUCUUGAUUUCCUCCAUCUUCUCUUUCACCCUUUUAAUUUGGCUAUAUAAAGCAGUCUAACCCCUUUUUCCUCUUUUGUCUUUCAUUUUCAUUGUCGUUUGGCUUUUCUGAUAUGGAUGAAAAUUUGAGGAGGGCUGCUCAAGAAGGAAAUGUUGAUGAACUAUAUGCAUCAAUCCAAAGAGAUUCUAAUGUUUUAAGGCAUAUUGAUGAGAUGGAGUUUGUUGACACUCCAUUACACAUAGCUGCAGCUGAAGGAUGCAUUGAUUUUGCAAUGGAGAUAAUGACCUUAAAACCCACAUUUGCUAGAAAGCUAAACCAACAAGGCUUUAGUCCCAUUCAUCUUGCAGUGGAAAAGGGACAUAAAGAGCUGGUUCUUCUUCUCUUGGAAAAUAAUAAAGAUCUUGUACGUGUCAAAGGAAAGAAGGGUGAGACUCCAUUGCACUAUGCAAUAACCAGAGAACACGACCUUGAUCUCAUAGCUAGAUUUUUGGAGGUUUGCCCCGAAUGCAUCCAAGAUGUGACAACUACAAAUGAAACAGCUUUGCAUAUUGCAACGAGAAACAAUGAGUUAAAAGCUCUCAAACUCCUAUGCGGGAUGCUUAGGAGGACUGACAAUCGUGAGGAUGUGGUGAAUCAAAAAGACAGGAAUGGCGACACUGCCUUGCACAUAGCUGCCCGUGAUAAGCGACAUGAGAUGCUCAAACUGCUAUUGCAAUGCAAGGCUGACAAACAUGCUACCAAUCAGGCUGGCUCAACGGCACUGGAUGUUGCACAACAACUUAAUAACAAAAAAAGCAUUGGAAUUCUGCGUGGUUGCUUUAUUCCAAUAGUUUCAACUUUAAUUUAUAAAUUGCAGAAACAAAUUUUCAAGUAUGUGACGAAGGCAUCAGCUGUAAUUUUCCAAGAUAUGGACAAUAUAUCAAUUGAGGACCGCAAUGCCUUGCUAGUAAUUCUAGGAUUGCUUUUAACAGCAACCUACCAAGCCAGUCUUAGCCCACCUGGUAGUGUUUGGCAGGGAGACAGUCCCUCAGACUCCACUGCCGAUCUAGGAGAUGAAGAAAAAGCAGCAGGGAAAUCCGUUAUGAAUGAAAUUACUUUUCUUUAUUUCUACAUUCCAACCUCUGCAGUCUUCAUGGUAACGUUUUUCCUGACAUUGGGUCUCCUUAAACCUUUUCCUCGUGGUUUCAGGACUGCUCUUCAAAUACUCCUUGCAUUUCUUGCUAUAUGCUUCAACGAAUCAAUCUCUGUCUUGGCGCCAAGUUAUUUAGCAACUGCAGUUAUCAAUCUAUUUUCACUUACAAUUUUCGUUUUGAUGAUGUUCAUGUGCUUUGCUUAUCGGGUGUCAAAAGUUAGUGUUUUAAUUCUAGGAUGCUGGUUAUUCCCCACAAGUCCUCUGUUUAAUGGUUUUGUAAGUUAUGUAAUAAUAGGAUGUUGGUUAUUCGUUUUUCUACGUGAUAAAUUUUGGAAAGGAACAGCUUAAGUUGUAGGGUAUUGUUUACUCAUUGGUUUGGGUAGUAGAGUUAUAUACAUCAUAGAAAAUAUUUUGACAUAUAUCCUAGGAUGUUGGUUAUUCCUUAGUCUCUGUCGAUUCUGCAUAAAGCGGUGUAAUGAACAUUAUAAUACCUGAACAGUCAAAACAAUGUACCAUGUCCGUGUCCAUGUCUCCCACACAUGGAUAUUAGAUGCAUAUCUAGUGAUGAAGGAUGGUCACCGCAAUUUCUUUUAGAACAACAAUGGAAAUUGCUUCUUUUUUCCUAAGUUGUUCUAUUUGUAAUAUGUCAAACUGUCAAUGUAUCACUGUUUUUUUUUUCUUUUUGUUUAAUUUUUUAUCUUUUUGAGUUUAUUUCACUUAUAUAUAUUUCGUGCAUAU